AAUUAUUUCCGACACAUUGGCGGCUUUAAUUUAAGAGAAGCUGUAAAUAUCUGCCUGAAGGAAAGUUUGAAGGAUGCCAUCGCACCGUCGUUUACAUGGUGGGGCCGUCAAGAACAUCGACCACUAUAUAAUACUCGUCUGAUUAGGGCGAUUUACGAUGGUGUAUGUCAAAACAAAAAUUUCGAGAAACCGACGCGCUCCGAAUUCCAAGCGCAAAUGCGCGAGGCUUUGAGAAUGUCCAAGGAGAGACAUAGGAGCAGAUCGCGCAAGAAGACCGUUCCUCACGGUGACGGCGCAAGGAUUCAGCGUACUUUAUGGGACGACGAGCGAUUAAACGAAAGCGGAGAUAUGGAAUCUAUUAACAACGACGAGCAGACAUAACAUUUCAUUUUAUUUCUUGUUGUCCAUUAUUUGGAAUUUUCAAUUUCUUUUCUUUUGAAUUUUUAAUUUCGUC